ACAGCGCAACGACAACUACUGCCAAUUAUGCUCUGAAACGAAAAUAUUAGUGUUAAUUUUUUUAUCCGUUUACAAAUCGCGUAGUGAUAAGCGCCGAUUACGUCCUGUUCAAAAAAAAUCCGUCCGUGUUCGCCGACAAGUGCAUGGAGAUGAGACCGUCGCGCAGCGGUCGGUGAAAGUGGUUUGUGAUUUUUGAUCGUGUCGUAGUAAGUGCAAGUGAGUGAGGAUGGGCGUGGGGCUCCAGCCGCUGGAGUUCACGGAGUGCCUGGCGGAUAGCCCGCACUUCCGCGAGAACCUGCAGCGCCACGAGAAGGAGCUCGAGCGCACCAGCCAGCAGAUCAAACGCCUCAUAAAAGAAGUCAAGGAUGUCGUGCAGGCCGCUAAACGUCUGGGCGCUGCCCAACUGGCGCUGGCGGGCAGCAUGGAGCAAUUCGAGUUCGCGUGCAUCGGCGCAUCCAUGACGGAGGACGAGCGCGCCAUCGGCCAUUCGUUGCAGCAUUUCGCACACCUUAUACGCACCGUCGAGGAUGAGCGAGAGCGCAUGCUGGGACGUGCGCACGAGCAGAUCAUCCAGCCGCUCGAGCGCUUUCGUAAGGACCACAUCGGAGCCGUCAAGGAGGGUAAGAAGAAAUUCGACAAGAAGACUGCCAAGUUCUGCCAAAGCCAGGAGCGCACGUUGUCGCUCUCCACCAAGAAGCCUGAAGCCGUUUUCCAGGAGGCGGACGCGGCGAUGGAUAUGGCGGAGCGCGACUUCUGCCAGGCGUCGCUGGAGUACGUGUUCCAGCUGCAAGCGGUGCAGGAGCGCAAGAAGUUCGAGCUGGUGGAGACGCUGCUGGGCUUCGUGUUCGGCUGGUGGACCUUCCAUCACACAGCGCACGACGUGCACGCCGACGCGGAGCCCCUCGUGCGCGACCUGCAGCUCAGGAUACAGCGGACUCGCAGCAACUUCGAGGAGACCAGCAAGCAGACAGAGUCGCUCAUGAAGAAGAUGAUGGAGGUGCGACAGAUGAACAAAGAAGAGGGAAUAUCGGAGGAGCAGGGCGGCGUCUCGCGCGCCGGAUACCUCUUCCUAAUGGAGAAGAAGGCGUUCGGUACGACGUGGAGCAAGCAGUACUGCACAUACGAGAAGAGCUCGCGGCUGCUCUCUCUCAUGCCCUACAACCAGAUCAACGUCAAAACGAGCGGGCCCGUGGAGAGCGUGUGCGUGUGCGGCGCGCGCGCAGCCAGCGAGGCGGAGCGCCGCUUCUGCUGGGAGGCUGUGCCCGGAGAGCGCGAGCGCGCCCCGCUCACACUGCAGGCCCUCGGCGAGCGGGACCGCGCCGCCUGGCUGCGUGCGCUCGACGCCGCG